AAACGGACAACAUAUCAACAAGUGUUGGGAAGUCUGAAUUGGUUCAAUACAGCUACUCGCCCGGAUCUUGCUGUGGUAUGCAGCCUAGCUGGAAGAGUAGCAAGUAACCCAACGCAUAAACAAUUUAGCGCUCUAUGCAGAGCAGUUGGAUAUCUCAAGAGGAACCCCAAUAUUCCAUUAACCUACAACGGUGCUGAAUGCAAUGGUAUAGUGAGACUUGCAGGAUUUACAGACUCGGAUUGGGCAGGCCAAAAGUUAUCCUUAAAUUCGAAAGAUAGAUGCGGAAGAAAAUCCACAUCGGGGUAUAUAUCUUUUUCAUGCGGCCCUACCAAUUGGAAGAGCAAACUGCAAGGAAUACCAGCCACGAGUUCAGCGCAAGCAGAGUUUAUGGCAAUGUAUGAAGCCGCGAAAGAUUUAUUCUUUCAAAUCUUGUUACUUAGAGAACUUGGGUUCAAACUUUCCAGGGUACCAUUGUUUUGUGACAACACGACAGCCAUUCGACAAGCGAUGGAGACGAUGUCGUCAAAGUCAAACAAGCAUAUGGAAAUAAGAUACGCUUGGCUCCAACAUUAUGCUCACAGAGAAGGGAUUAUACAGCCAUUCAACAUCGGAUCGUCAUACAAUCUAGCCGAUAUGUUGACAAAGAUAUUGCCGAACAAGAAG